UCUAAUGAGUAGAUACUCGUAGAUAAAAACUUUUUAGAAAUUCAAGUGAUUUUAUUUUUUGUGUUGCCACAUUCCAUUCAUUUAUAUUUUUGUUGUCACAAUCCAUAAUUAAGAGAGAAAAAAUCCAAAAUGCGGUUAAUUGUGGCCAUAUUUGUAAGUUUCUGUUUGUUUCAAACAUCAGCUGCCAUAUCAGGGUCAACACUAAAACUGCUAAUCUGGGCCGCAGAGUACGGAUUAAAAAACCUCGGGACACUAGAUUUAUUGAAAAGUCGGGAUAUUCAUUUCAAUAAUGCUAUUGCAAAUGGUUCUUUAGCAUGCAGCAAACUAUCAGUGUAUGGCCUGGAAAGCCUAGAUGUUGAUUUAGAUAAAAUUCAACCUACAAUUGAAGAGUUAGCUGGUGGUGCUCGUAAUGUUACUCUGAACUUAAAUAUAACUAUACCCAAAACUGUUGGUAUAAAAGUCCUAGAAUAUAAGGCCGAUGUAGCCUUACCCAGUGAUAUUCCACUUUAUGGCAAAGGAAAUGUACGAGCAAGUACAAUAAACUUGGAAACUUACGUCCAUGUGAAUAUACUAUUAAAUGGCUCCAACUCAACUACUUUAAAUGAACUUAUCUUAAAGCCAACCUUAGGUUUCGUUGAGAUAAGCUUAACAGGAUUUUUCAACAACCCUGACCGUACACUUAAUUUAGGGAUAUCAGCUGCCCUCACAGCUAUAGCAAACGUAGUUGCAGCUUUUUGGGACAUACACGUUAAUUGUUGCUCAUGUGCUUUGUCUACAAUAGUAAGAGCUGUUCUUAACAAUCAGGUAGAUCCUAUGGCUAUUUUGAAUAGUCUUCAAGCUGACUGUAAGACUAUUUGUACACCAAGCGAUAACGCCAUUGUUGAGACAUUGUUUAGGACUGAAAAUCCUUUGGACCUUGCAAAUUAUUUGGCAAGUCCUGCUGGUUUGGCGAAAGUUCAACAAUAUCUUGAUAAGUUUAUAGAAUAAUAAAUAUUUGAAAUAUAUAUAUUUAUGAGUGGA